AUGGUGUACACUUCGUUGACUGAAGCUCCUCACAACCUCAAGGAGGGCAUUGACUGGUUGAUGGCCCUGAAGGGUACUGAUGGUGUCAAAAACGUGAAGGCUAUGAGUGAGGCGCUUUACAAUUUUCUCGCAGACAAGCCUGUUGGCAAGAUGGAGCUGCCGGCGCUCGAAGAAGUCAAACUUAUUUCCAAGGAUUUCCUGGGACUGCCGCAGCUUAAGGGCCCCUCAUCCGUUGGAGAGAUCCUGGGACUGCCGCAGAUUAAAGGCCCUUCACCCGUUGGAGAUCUGCAGAAACGAUACGAGACGCCUAUGGAUAAAACUAGUUGUAUGUGGUUAAAACGUAUGUGGACUCUGAACGAAAGUGAUUAUGACAACAUCGUGGAGGCCUGGGGUCUCACCACCGAAGACUUCAUAUAUAAAUUAGGCAGAGUUAUGCAUGCUACGGAAAAGUUCCUAGAAGGUGUCAAAAUCUCUGACCAGUACGAGUCUGCUUACAGUACGGAGGCGACGUGGGAGGCAUCAUGUUCGGAAAAGCCGGAAGAUUGCGCAGUGGUACUCGUAGGGAUGGCGCCAAUGUUGUACGCUGGGCUGCUUUCUUUGAAGGACGCCAGCCAAAGAGCAGCCAAGAAAGGACCGCAAUCUAAAGAGGAGACACGCCUGCGAGAGGUAUUGGAAGCCGUCGGUUACGUUGAGACGCAACGCAACGAUAACCUGAGUGGUUCAGAUGUUCUCAUGGCAUUGAGCGAUGUGGAUAAACAACUAUUGUACAUACUCUACGACUUUGCUGGGUAUUGGGCUUUCUAUUGA